AUGCCUGUAAAGUUAAAGAGUACAUGAUUACGCACUGGUGGCAAGAAUUUACUGAUUUAUUUAUUUAAUUUUGCAGCACAGUGCAAUGGCGGUGCGGUGAUGGCGGAUGGGGGCGCGGGCGCGGUUGCUGAGGGGGCGGGCGAGUCGGCUGCACGGGGCGCUGCGCUGGAACGGGCGUACGUGCACGACGUCUACGAGCAAGCAGGAGACGAUGGAGACGAGAGCUCGCGAGCGCCCGCGCCUGGCGUGCAGGCCUUCCUCUCUGAACUCGAGCCUGGCAGCCUUGUUUGUGAUGUCGGAUGUGGAAACGGUAAAUACCUUAGCGUAAAUCCGUCCGUGUACACUGUAGGAGGGGACCGGUGUACCCGGCUCACUACGCAAGCGCGACAUCACAACAAUGAGGUGGUUGCGUGCGAUAACUUGUGCCUACCGUUCCGCGAUGAGUCCUUCGACGCGGUCCUAUCCAUCGCUGUCGUUCACCACUUCGCCACGGUGGAGAGGCGAGCGAUGGCGCUACGGGAGCUGGCUAGAGUCACCCGGAUAGGUGGAAGAUUACUUCUCACUGUCUGGGCUAUGGAACAUGAGGGUCGCAACUUCCAUUCACAGGAUGUGCUGAUCCCUUGGCAUCGACCAGUCACGCUGUGCCCGCCAACACCAGCACCAAGAUUCCUGUCUGUUGACAAUGAACAUAACGCUGAGCCUUGGAAAAGUCGGGAUGGUUCUCCAGGAUCAUCAUCACUUUCCUCACCCAACGAGACGUGCUACUCAUUCGUGAGAAGAGCACUACAACGAUUAGCGGGACGGAGAUCUUUCCUACCAUCAUGGAGUAUCGGGGCUCGGGUACCACAACGACCUUGCCUACGGCCCGAACCACCCGCAGCUGACCUACCUAUUGAGCUACGACGCCUGGAUGAAGCACUCCCUCCGAGAUUAAUCACACAAAACUCAGACGCGUCAACGAUUAAGUCGAGAAGUUUGACAGACAUCGCUGAUAUAGAGAGGCGAGCGCUAGUCCGAUCUAGAUCUAGCUUACCUAGUUUGGGUGGCGAGGAAACCGAACCACCGCCAGCAGCAAUUCCAGUGCCAGAGAUUAAUGAACCUCGGAAGAAACCUCGGCUUGUAAAACAAAAGAAGUCGAUUAAUGAAGACGAUGCCGAGGAAGAUCUCGAUAAACCCACCGACAUGAAAAGUAUGGUAGAAGAAAUGCCUAACUUUAAAAUACAUACGCCUAGGUUACAAUCAAGCAAAAAACCGGGCGUAUUCAAACAAACUUCCCUCAACGAGGAAUUGAUGUCAGUUGAGCGGUUAAGAGAAAAGGAAAGGUUGAGGAAAAAUAUUCAGAAACAGGCCUCACUGAAUGAAGAGUACCUUUAUCGGAGACCCGGAGUUUUAGACUCCAUCCGGGACUCAAUAUUUUCCACUUCCGCGACAACUGGCAAAAAAUUCCAGUCACUAAAAAACGGCCUCACUAGCAAAUUCAAAACGUCUACAACGAAUAUAGAUAAGGUUACUGUGUUUGUAAGAAUGCUCCAGGGUUGGAAAAAUCACGGACCUGCACCAGAAGUUCCUACGCCAAGCGACAAUAAUACUGGAAGUGACAAAACCUACCCUGAACGAAGACAUUCCAAAGAAGAUGGGUCUGAUUCAUCAAAAGACAGCAGUCUUCAAAGCGACACCAGUGUAGAUUCCGAAGACAGUUUUGCGUCUGUAAUCUACGUCCCAAAAGCAGAUGGAUCGGGCGAUCCACUAUCACCCACACCAUUAUCGCCUGGACCCACUUCACCAAGACUAAAAGUAUCUUCGGUUCCCACGUCACCUCGAAUGAAAAGCUCUCCAGGCUUGCCAUCGCCUAGAAUCAAACAAGCUUUUCCUUUGAUAAGACCACCGGCUUCGCCAAAUUCUGUACAGGCACCAACCACAGUUAACAAAAUUUUAGUAGCUCAGUAUAGCUUAAAGAACUACUCUACUACUACCUCUGUGGCAACAGUUCCGCUAAAGCCACAGUCCAAAAGUCAGCCUAACUCUCCGCCUAAGUCUGAAUCCGAUGAUACUACAAUAGCAAAACCGGAACCUCUACCAAUCUUAAGUAACAACACCUCCAUUGAUGUCUUUGAAGAAAUAGAUCCCAUACCUCCUAUUAAAGAAGAAGAGGAAACUCCAACGAGUGAUGUAACCAAAGAAUUACUCGCAGAAAUAAACAAAGACAUCGAAGAAAUACACAAACUGACAGCCGAGACCAACAAAUUUCAACCACGGGUAGUGUUACAAGACGUCAAACCCUAUCCGAAAAUUACAUUACAAACUGUCGCAGAAUUACCAGAAAUACCACAAUAUAGGCCGAAAGAAACAAAUAAAUCAAGCACCGACACCUUAGACUCAAGAUCAGCUGAUCGUAAGCGAAAAGAACGGAUACGACAGAUAAAAGAAAUGCUGAACAAAGGAAUACCAUCUGGAAGUAUAAGCAGAAGACCUCCGUUCCCAAUAGUUCGAGGAUCUAGAAACGCGGAGCCAAUAGUAAAAAGCCGGCCCACACUCAUGUCUCUCGAACUAUUCAAUCCAGCAACAGAUGACAUGGAUAGUGACUCGAGCGGUGUUUCUUCUCCAGACUCUGUCGACAGCGUCAUAAGUGUGGUACCUGAAGAACUAAAGAAAACUGCUUUAGAAAAAGAUUUACCAAAUCCCACACCUGAGGUGAAGGAAGAACCAUCUACCGAAAAACUUCUUCUACCACCAACAUUGGGUCCGCAGAGUCUUAUCGAAGCUGCAGCCGAAGUCGCACACUCGUUGGAUGAAACCUGCGAAACUGUCAUCCAAAGCAGUCCAAGGUCAAAGAGAAGGCAUUUAGAAAAGCUUGAAAGUGCCGAAGCAAUGGCGAUUGUACAGGGGGCUUCCAGUAGCAGCAGCAGUAGUAACUGGAGCUUAAACAAAUUGUCGCCUGGAGACUUAAGGAUAUUGGAAUCAAGAUCCCAAUCCCAUACAAGCUCAAGUGGAAGCUCUUCCAGCCUGGAACGACUUUCUCCAGGGAGAAGAUCUAAAGAUCGCUCUCCAAAAUUAGGCAGCACCAGUAAUUCCACUUGGAGCUUGAAUAGACUAUCACCCAAUAGACCAGAAGGCCGAUCCUUAGACGAAAACCUCGGUAAAACCCAUAGAAGUCCGACUAGAUUACCAUACGAUUCCAUCUCAAUAUCGAGCACAGAUUCUGACAAAUCAAUAUCCAAGUCAGAAAGUUUUAAUCGAAUACAAGCUAAUGAGCCCCUUGUAACCUGUAAAUCUGACAUGAUUGCUACUGAGGAAGAAUGGCCAGAUCAACAAGACCGCAGUCAACACUUAACUGAAUUCGCAGAAAAGUUAAGUGAGAAAUUACUGCAGGAAAUAGAUCAAUAUUCAAAAAGAAUAAAUGAAGAAGAUUUUGAUCUACCCAGUAGCAGCAGCAGUGAAAAGAGCAUCUCACUGAGAUUAAAGAGAGAGGAAGAAGACCGAAACACGCAAAAAAUAUUAGAUGAAUUAUCGGAUAGUCUGCAACACCUAGAAGAUCCGUACAUUCAUAAAAUAAGCACUGAAAUGCAGGGUCUUAAUAAAUUAAGUGCAGAAUUACAGGAGAGAAACAAAUAUAUUGCUUCCUUAAAUGAGGUUCAAGAAACCGACAUUAGCAAGCUUUUCCCUAAAUGCAUCUCUAAGACCAAAAGCAAGAAGAGAUCCAAAGACGUCGACCCCAUCAUCAACAAAUACAGGGAAUUAAAGAAGUCAAUGAAGGUUUCAAGUGAAGAGGACAUUUACCUCAACAAUUGUGCCAACGUCCAAUACACGAAACCAGUAUUGACUGAAAAACUGCCGGACAUUGACGCUAAAAACCCAGACGACGAUAGUGCCAUAUCGUCAAGUAACGGCAAUCCCGAAAUAACGAUCGACUCGGGAGCGUCAUACGAUACGAGUCAAUCUCUAGAGACCGGAUACUCAUUAGAAUCCGAAAUUAGUGUUGACUCGUUAUGCACCAGCACCGACAAGAGAUCGUCUCUGAAAGUCGGUCAAUCGACGGAUUCAAGUGACUUGGACAAGAUGGAGAUAAGUCCUGAAUCCGUAACAUCUCGCUCAAGUGCCAGUACAGCUCCGUUAAAAUCUGGAUUCUCGAUAGAAUCCAGCGACACAUCGGCAGGAAGUGACUGGAGCCGUCGUGACAAAACGGGCAGCACAGCAUCUCUCGGCUGCGCCAGCCUCGCGUCCCUGCCUUCAUAUAGCGAGUGCUCUAAAGACAGGAAACUGUUGGAGACUCGCUCAUCAUCAGAAGAUACCGCUCCGGUUCCUGCUAUGCCACCUCCUCGUGCCUUCCCGCACGCACCGCUAUUGCCCUCCUUGAGUGAUGGGUCGGACAGCCUGCCUUCGGAAGGAGGAGCGGUCACCUACCAUCGCUACUACCACGUCUUCAAGCGUGGAGAACUAGACCAGCUGAUCGAGAAGUACGUGGAAAGUCUCCACGUAGUGUCUUCAUACUACGAUCAGGCCAGCUGGUGUGUUAUAGCAGAGAAAGUGCAAGUGUGGACCAUUUAAUGGACCGAUAGUGUACGUACUCUUUGACUAUUGGCUGAUACAAGGUUUCGUUGCUGGUAUAUUUAGGGGCUGAUGAUAAUUAUUAUUCUGGUUCAAGUUCUAUAAUCUUAUGAAAUAGUGAACAUUAUGACCAUUUAAAUAAUAAACAUAGGACACUAAAAAGUGCAGUGUUUACAUACAUUCAAGUGACCUUCAUAACAAACUCGUAAGUGAGUGUUAAGGACAUUUACAUGUGUAAUACAAUUCUUAUAAAAAGUGUGUAAACUCUAUGCGAAAUGCCAAAAGCAAAGCUUUUGUUUUUUAAUAAUAUAUUCUAGUCACUCUAUAAAAGUUUACUAGUUGUUAUUUCUAAUAUAAUCUUAAUAAUUUUGUUGCCCUACGCGCGACGUGGGUUAAUGGGAGUCAUUCAUGUACAGGUGUCAGUUACAUUACUCGCACGUCAUCUGUGUGGACUGCUAGUAAUAUACCGAUAUCGUGCAGUCCAUGGCUCUGCGUUAAAGCUGCGUUUGGCACAACGGGCAUUAGUAUUCGAUGCGAUAAUAGAAUUCGCAUGAAUGAAAACUAAGAGCUUUAAAUAGUGAAAAUUAAAUAUAAUAUAUACUUCAGUGGCUCAAUAUUAUAUAAGCUAUUCAUAGCUUAUUUACUCUGACAUUCGUGUAUACCUACAGAAAUUGUAACAUUAUUCUCACAUAGAUAUAAUGCAUUAGACCAUACUCCAAGACCAAAAUAAUUAGGUACGAUGGAAAUAUUCGGAUUAAUUAUUGUAAUGUUGUAAUUUCUAUGACAAUAACAGAGCCGUAGCUAUGACGUCAUACAAAUAUUGUUUUUCAUUCCCUAUUACAUCAUGUAUUUACUCCCACUAAUAUUUCGGUUUUGGAUUAUGGUACAACUUUUUUCAUUUGAAUAUUGUCGUAAAACAAUCCGGUGUUAUAAAUGAAAAUGUUAUGUUUGUUUACAGUAUUGAUUGUACUGAGCUGGCCUCUCAUACAAAUUGUAUAAUUCCUGGAAGGGUCCACAGUACUAUCUCGCCACCUGAUAUAGCAGCGUUUAUACAUUUCAUACUAAAUUUGGACCAUUUAGUAAAGUUAGAGGUUUUAGACUUGGUAGCGGCAUAUUAAAAGUACCCCCUUGUCUACUAAAAAUACGUCAAAGUACAAAUACAUGUUAUUUGUUCAAUACUCACUAAAUUAGUGUUUUUUGAAAGACUACGUAUCCAAAACUUAUACUUCAGUUCCAUGUAAAGUAUUGUUUAAUUUCGCUUACAUCUUUUCCAGUAGGAACGACAGCAUGCCUUUUCUUAAAUUCCACAAUACAAUUUUAUUAAUUUAUUAAAGAAUGUGUUGUACGUAUAUUGUAUAUUAACAUCAGAAAUAGUCCAGUCAAUUUGAUUGUUGAAACUGAUAUUUUUCUAC